ACCCUACGGUCGGAGUCGUUCACGCUGCAUUAAUUCGCGCUGGCAAUUCCUCGCAUAUUAAAAACCACGCUAUUUACAUUUCUCUCAAGCAGCGCUGUCAUUCUAGGGUUGUUUCUAGGGUUUCCUCUUUUCCUCGUUUCCUUUACUGGGAAACUUGGCCUUAUAAACAUAUCCUCAAUCUUGUUCUUGUUGUUGGCUUGGAGACUCUAAUCGGCCGCUAUGGCGGGCGGGAACUUUCUCGGCCGAGUCAUUAGCUACGUCGUCAAUGAAUUGGUCGUCGAAGGCCUCGCCAACAAUCUAUCAUUUCAAAGAUUUGCUGUAAAGACAUCAAAAACGUUGCAGGAUUUGUCCAUUAAAGCUGAGCAGACAAAGCAAGAAGUAGCAGAACAAAUUAAGGAAGCAUCAAAGAACUUUGAUGCCUUCAAGAGACAAUAAUGCCAUCAUACAACGUGUCAAUGCUGCAUAUCAACUUUUUUCUCAAGGUGUUAAUGAUUGAAAUAGGAAAUAUUGUAGUGUCACUAUCACAUCCAGUUCUUAUAUGCUGUUGAGGUUUUGAUUGUAGCAAUAAAUUUGAGCAGCUCUUUAAGCCUUGGUGAAGUUUGUUUCUUGAAAGCUUCUGUGGAAAAUUUUUACAUUUCAUGAAAAAAGCGUACGCUUGUAAAUAAUAAAACAUUUCUUUGACAUAUUUUAGAUGUAAUAGUUUUCCACUUGUUAUUUUUUUAUAAAAUACAUGGC